GGAAUUGAAUGGAGGAACACAGAGAAGAACGUACUUGCAAGGUGCCAAUUUAACAUGCAAAGCCAGAGUGGGCACUUAGACAAGUACCCAAAAAAUAAAAUAAAACUUUCUCUCUUCUCUCUUCUCUCUUCUCUCUUCUCUCUUCUUAGCCUUCAAACUCACUACUCUUGCCAUAUCAAAAUGAAGACUCAUGACUUCAUGAACGUUGAGUCUUUCUCCCCCAAGGUUAGACCGAUUCGCCUUUUCGGCUUCGAGUUUGGAACUUCUCAUGAAGAAUCUGAGUCCAGUGAAAGCAUCAACGAAGUCAAUACCACUAGCAAUACCAAAGACAAGAGAUUCAAGUGCAACUACUGCUACCGAAAGUUUCCUACUUCACAAGCCCUAGGCGGCCAUCAGAACGCUCACAAGAGAGAACGUCAACAAACCAAACGCUUCCACCUCCAUUCAAACGCAGCCGCUUUUUUCCACCGCAACAAAUACCACUUUGAUGCUUCUAGGUUCUUUGAGGAUCAUGUUAGCCUUGAAGCUGCUCGCAUCAGUGAUGCAAGAUUAGGGUUGUUGCGUAGGUAUAAUAACUCAUCAAAAAGUUGUGAUCAUGAUCAUACAUCUUACCAGACUAGACCGACGUAUGGUGGUAAUAGCAGGCGUGAUUUAUUUUACGAGUCCAAAACGAAUGUAACGGACCACGUGAGUUUGGAUCUACGCCUCUAGUUAAUUUUUUAAAAAAUAUUAUCUCUAGUUUUUUUUUUGUAUUGUUUACCUAUAAUAGUUUCAAUCGACAUAAUAUUACUGUUAAA